UGGAGUCGGACAGGACAGUAUCAGUUCCACGACUGUCGGAGAAGGUCGUCCCUCAGAGUAAUGUGCAGGGUCCAAAUACCACAACUACGGUACCUGUGCAAGUUGCCACAGGAACUAACUUUUGUUCAAUGCCACAGAAAUUGCAAAGGUUUCUCAAAGGUGAACCAAAGGCUUUAGGGGUUAUUCAGAUCAUGAUUGGAUUGAUUAACAUUUGCUUUGGGAUAGUCCUGGCAUUUCCUGGAUCACUCGCUUUUUCUGUAGGAAUUCCAUUUUGGGCAAGCAUAAUGUACAUUAUUUCUGGAAGUCUCUCUAUUUGUGCUGCCAAUAAGAUGCAACCUUGUCAAAUUAAAGGAGCCGUGGUUGCGAAUAUCAUCAGCACAAUUUUCAGCUGCAUUGGAAUCAUCAUGUGUUUACAAGAUUUAACAGUUCAAUUUUGGUGUUAUGGUCCAUAUUGCUAUAAUGAUUUAUUUCAGGUUUCACAAGGAAUGAAGGUUGUCCUGUUGAUUUUUACUAUUCUUGAGUUCUGUGCGAGCUUGUUAACAUCAAUCUAUGGCUGCAAAGCAACCCGUGGAAACCCAGAACAGCCUCUAAUUAUCAUCCAGCAGAAUGUUGACCCAUCAGGAAUUCCUGUGCAGAUCCCACAGUGUAAUGUUCCACUGCUGACAACUCCUAUCACACAGCCAUAUGAUCAGCCUCCAAAUAUGCCAUCUUGCCCUCCUCCAUAUUCUAAGUAAAAGUGAGGUUGAGCUCUACAGCACAUGACAUUGACGACAAUGACUGUGGAAAGGGUUUUGCCAUCAAAAUGCAAGCCUCAGAUCUUUAUUUUUAUUAAUCAACAUUUAACUCAAAUAUCUUUUAUUCUAUGUUUCUUUGCUUAAGAAAAGUACUGAUUUACUUUAUUUUAAUUGACACUCCCGAGUCCUCAAGAAUCUCUAUGGAAGUGAAUCUUUGUGUUUUCGCUUAAGAGAUAUAUAAAGUGUAGUAAAUAUUUACAUUUAUUUUUUUACUGAUAUGGUGAUUCAAGGAGAAUGACAUUCACUAUGAUUUGGGGUUUUUGUAAAUCUUUCAGUAUCAGAAGAGAUUAUAUUUUUGCCUGGAAUUGAUUUCAUUAAAUGUUUUCUCAGUUUCCUGUAUUUGAUUAAUCUGAGUUAGAUUUAUUGUAGAUACAAAUUAUGAUAGCCUCGCUACCCAUAUCAGCUCUUUUUCUUGUAACCUUUUUGUUUUAAUAUAUAAAUGCUGGGCAGUUGCUCUGAGGUUUUUGAGUAUGCACCAGUGAAGGUACAGUAUAGGCCUGUCCUUCACCAUGACAUCUCAUUUAAUUUCACACAAUACAAUACUCCUAGUCUAUAUAUACAUCUGGCGACAACCAUGAGUGAAUUUUGCAUAAAGGUGGAUGUGAACAAUUAGAUGGCACACAUUUCUAAACAAAUCCAACACCUCAUGAAGGCGUUAAUCAAAGUAGGUACAGUGAUUAAGAACUGCAAAGAGCAGCAGUUCUCUUGUUAAUUUGGUCUGACAGAGAGUAAGCUGCUGAUUAUGCGGAAGAGUUGAAAAGUCUCCAACAAACCCUAUUAAACAUAUAAAUGUACAUUGCAUGUACAAAGAGCACAUUGUGCAUGUUAAAAAUAUACAUAACCUGUUGCAAGGGAGAAACCUUUCUGUAAUAUCAAAAUUAUACUUUGGCAUUUGACGACAUCAAUGGACAAGUGAAUGAUACCUUGUCGUAGGUGUGUGCUCUCUUGUUGUCCAGUGUUACAAUGAUAGUGUAGGAGUCAAUGUGAGUUUGAAAGAAUUGGCAGCUAUACUUGUGAAAAUGAAAACUGCAAAGCCUGCCUUUGAAAUAAAUGGUGUCACACCCUGUCAAAUGGGCUUCUGUUAAGAAGCUCAUAGCAAAGAGCCACAGAAGACAAAGAUUUCAGUACUCAAAACACACGAAUCGACAAAUCUACCUAAUGACAACAGUAAAGCAUGGACAAGGCUGCACAGAAUCCACCUUCUGAAUGAACAUUUAAACAAGUAACUGAAGAAAGUUGGGAGUGAAAACAUUUCAUGCUAGAAUAUAAACACUGAAUUUUAACACUAGACCACAAUGCUUAUCUAAAGUCUGCUGUUGUUAUGCUAUAUGCAAACAGAAGCCCUUCUCAAAUGUGUGUAGCUACGGUGUCAUACAUAUGUGUGUAUGUGUGUAAGUCUGUCUUCACUGUCAGUUCAGUACAAUGUACAAAUGAAUCAUUAAGUUUUGAUUGCCUUGUGAUACUGAGUCUCUGAAUGAAUGAGGGCAGUUUAGCUUUCCAUUUCCUUUCAGCAUCAAAUCUCUUUUUCAAUUUCCACAACUCUGUUCCUGAACCCCAACAGUUUAGAUCAGUGCACAAACUAAAGGUAUUAGGGGGUGGGUGUUUUUUGGAAGAAGUCCUGUGGGUGUAGUUAUUUGCAGCGCUGGAUUUCAUCACUAUUCAUUACAGAUUUUGGAAUGGGCUUCCCCAGAUAUGUAUUCUGAAUUGAGAAUCACAUCUGGCCCUACAAGACUCCCAUCACAAAGUUUGGGCUCUGGAGACAAGAAUAUAUUUUACUAUUAAUUUCUUAGUUUGAAUUUAGGGUGCGGUUAAAUGCUUAGACUAGCAUGACUUUUAUAAAUUGUUCUGUACUUCAUAUUUGCUACAUCCUUUGUGAAUAUAUGCCAUGCUAAUGGAAAAAAACAGUGUACUCCAAACUUAAAAUGUAGCAUAGAAUGCAAAUAGAAUCUGUUACCUGAAAAGCCUUAUAGGUUGAUGUCCAAAUUUGAAUUUCUGUUGUCUUUUAAUUAUUGUUUGCUGAUGCUUUUACAGAUGUUCCAAAUAUGUUAUAUUCAGCUGGCAAAACUUCAUAGUUCACUAAUUAUUAUUAAACCAUCCUGUGAAAUGUUUAAAUAACAUUUUUCUCAUAAUAAGUACCUUAUCUAAUAAAUCUUCAUUUGUAAGCCAGACAGAGUAACUGCUAAAUAAGGAACCAUAUGCUAUGUUAUACCCAUAUUUUGAGCCAUGCAUACUCUAGAGGUUACAAAGUGUUUUCACAGCUUCUUUCUUCUUUUUUAAUGUGUGGUUUGGUACUUCUGCCAGUUGUUGAGGCUGCCCAAACCUCAAAGUACAAAUGGUGUUGUUUAUAAAGUGAACAGAGAUUUGAGACUCAGGAUUUAUGUGAUGUGGAUUUGCCGACCCCUGUGCUGGGACAAAGUAGUGACUGCUUUUUGUGUCACCCAGCAGCACUAAUUUUUCAAGACCCUAAUAAUAUAAACCUGGGCUACCUAUGCAAUAUUUAAGAAUAUCAGACUUUGCUGUACCUGUUUGGGGCCACAUUGCUCUAAUUUAUCUAGGUUUCCUUCACACAUGCUACUAUACAAAAGUCAUAAAAACAAUCUGACAGUAAGAAAGUGGUAUGAAAUUAAAUUUUAAGAUUAUUAAAGGACAGGAGCAUGAGUUUUAAGAUAUGGUUUAAAACCAACAUGACAUGUAGCAUCCAUGUCAGUGAGGAUAUAGUGCAAAGAUUGUAAAAUCCAUUAAAGAAUUUGGCUGAGGAAGAAGACAAUUUACAACUCUCAUCAGGUCAAGAUUUUUUUUUUUGUUUGAAAAUCUAUUUUCCUUUUCUUCAAUAACUCUAUCUCGAAUGUUCUGAAGGGAUUCAGGGAGAGAACAAUGCUGUCUAUAAGCAGUUUGGUCAUGGUUCUCUUUAUCUUUAAAGUUGGGGGAUCUGUUGAUAUUUCAAAAUAUCCUCAGAUAUCUUCCAACAUGGAAUUUACAGGCUUUAAGUCACUAAGAAUUACAACCUCAAAAAAAUGAUGUUUCCUCAACUGUACUAGAAACCCUGCUGCCUUCUGUUGAUGCAAAUAUCCAAUGUAGCCCCACUGUGUUCAGAAACCUCAGACAAAAUAUUCAGGAUACCCUCCUGAUUUUCAACAAGGCAUUGUGUCACAUUACAGUGACUUGUCCACUGGAUUUCCAAUAACCUUUUAAGUGAGUGGCAAUUAUAAUUCCAGGCUACAGAAUAACAGAGUGACCCAGAUAAGUCAAAGAAGUUUUUGCACAUGGCUCCCCCUGAAUUGCAUGGACCACUGCUAAGUGGAGUUGAUGGUUAUAGCAGUGCACAUGUGGAAUGUGAUUACCAAGCUUCUGUUGCAACAAUGCCUGCACUCCACUCUUGUGCCCACUUAUGACUGAUGCCUCAUCAAGACACUGGCUGAUUAUAUUAUCAGGACUGUAACCCUCAGUGGACAGAUGUUUGAUUAUUUCUGUGGUUGUAUAUUCAACAUUUAGCCAAGUCAAGCAUAAAACCAAAUAAAGAUUUACACAAAAAACCGUA